CCCUUCAUCCUUGAACACUCUUUGUUACAAUUUCAUACAUUUUUCUUUUAUUUAUCUUGAUGGAGCAGUUUAGAUCCAAAUCAUGCAAGGAUGGUGGAGAAAGGCAAAUGGAAAGUUACAAUGGAGGAGGGCCAAGGAACAUGCAUGACCUGAGGUCUUACAGUGCAAGUUCUGCAAAUUCUGCUCAACAAAACCAGCUUGGGAAGGAGAUAAAGAUUAAGAAGAACAAAAGCUCAUUUGGGUCUUCUUCAAAAAGCUGGAGCUUUACUGAUCCUGAGCUGCAGAGGAAGAAAAGGGUUGCUAGCUACAAGGUUUAUGCAGUUGAAGGCAAGAUGAAAGGGUCUUUGAGGAAGAGUUUCAGGUGGAUCAAGGACACUUAUACCCAAGUUGUCUAUGGCUGGCAGUGA